CUCCCGAAGCUUUCUUUCUCGUCCUCGAUCCUGGCAUCCUGCCUACCUCUCGGUGAGGUCCUUACGGAGGCGCCCAGUCGAUUGCUUGGCGUGAGGUUCAUCCCGAGGCACGAGAGAUGGCAGGGGCCUCCGACGACGGUCCCGGGAUGUCGCGGCCACCUUCAGCAUACACGGAGGCUGAAAGCGAUGAAGAGGCCAUCUCCCCCAGCGCCUACAUCAUCACCGGAGAUUCCGGGAGGGAGGACGGGGAACAGAGCACGAGGGUGGUGCUGCCUCCGCCGCCUCCUCGGGAUCCGCGGGCAAUGAACGUCAUGGACGCCUACCGCAUGUUCCUGGAGAGGCAGGAGAGAGAGUUGUCAGUCAACUUGAGGGGCCAGGCGGCGAGAGACUAUGGUCGCGGGUUGCCGGAUGGUGGCUCGGCUGCCGGCGAGGAAAAGGAAGCGUCUUCUCCGUGGAGGUUCGUGAACCUCUCCGAGCUUAUCGUGCCACAGCCCCCCGCCACCCAUCAGCCGACGGUGCGCGCCGGGGUUUGCAGGGCUUGCCGACGCUGGAUAGGGACGAUCCCCCGGGUUCCCUACAGGCACGUCUGCUUCUGCGUGCCCUGCCGCUACAGCCGGUGCGCCAGGAUAUGUUGCUCGGUUUGCGGCGCCGGCCGCCGUUUGCGCCGCCGUUCGUCCAAGGCGCGCGCCACCGGCCGUCCACAAGCAAAGUGGGGCAGUUGAUCAGUUCCCCGUUGCGGAGACGAUGAUGCUACGUAGUUGAUGAUGGCUGGAGACGAUCACCUGAUGAUGGUGUGCUCCGGUUAAUUAGUCUCGCUUCUGAUGUGUUCUUGCAGUGUUUAGCUCGUUGUUUUUUCUUCUCCAGCAAUGUAGGCAAUGCAACUGUUGGUUUUGCUGCACAUUGCCUGUCAGUCAUUGCCAACUUUGGUUUUUCUGCAACUUUUUACAUCUGUGCAAUGGGUUCAGUUCAGAUUACAUGACUGUCCAGCAGGUUAAUUGCUGUUAUCUUU